CAGAGAGAGAGAGAGAGAGAAGCAGGAGAUGGAGAGAGCAGGGUAUUCCUGCACGGUGCCGUUCUGCGUGGGUUUGAAGAAGACCUUCCACUGGAGAGAUCUGAGGGACCCUUGUUCAUGAUGCGUGACUCAUCUAAACCUUUGGCGUGAGAUGCAGCUUCCACUCUAGAACGAAGCAUGAUUGUCUUGCGUGUCUGCUUUAUUGACAUCCCCGACUGCUUGACGCACCGAUCACCGGAGGCAUGAUGGAUAGACUCUGUGUGGGGACACUGGGAUCUCUCUCUGUGGACUUGCCGUGAACGUUUGCACCGAUCCAUGUGGCAUGUAGACUGACUCCCCAGUUUGACUCUUCAGUCUGUCAGCGUCUCCUGCGCACGCCGUGGAGCAGGUUGGUGAAACGAUGUGCCUUGAUCUGAGGUUACCAGUUCUGCAUGUCUCCCAGAUGUAAUUUUACUCUUUGUCGUCCUUGAAGGAAUUUUCGAGCCCGUUUCGUUCUCGUGUAUUGUCAUUUUUGCCUACGAAUCUGUCUCUUGUUGAAUUUAGUCAAUGGAAUCGGGAGCAUGCUUUUCAUGCAGGUGUGGAGAGGUGGGCACAUGUCUGCAUGCUUAAAAUAGGUGUGAGAGGACAGCAAAAUGAAGAGAAUGAAGUCUAGGACAAAACAUGAAGGUGUGAAAGAGCACAAAGGACAUUAGCUACAUUUUUUCCCAGUCUAGGGAACGAGGUCACGGUUCACUUCUUUUUGACAUACUUGCCUGAAUUGUCUCUUUCUGUGAUUUCUUUCUGUUGUGGAAGACAUUGAACAAGCGAAGAAGAAGAUUAUUUGACUCUUUGAAUUUAUUUUCUGUCCUUGGUCUGUUGAGAAAUUCUGGACCACAUGAACCGAACCGGGACGUCACAGCCAAAAACCACCUACCUUAUCUCCCUCACGCUGGUGAAGGUAGAAACCACUGAGGAGAAUGAGUUGGAGAGGUCCAGGCCGGCUGUGGGGGGAGCAGUGUACGAUUCUGAUGGAGCGAAACAUCUCAAGCACACUGGAUCCAGUAAUGAGGGCCAGGAACGGCAGAAAAUGGGUGAGGCUGUUGAGCUGGAAGCUGGAGAAUCUGUCAAAUUCUCUGUGGAACAGGAAAUACUCCAAAGCCCAAGGGAGGACAAGGCACGUUUUGCAGAUGGUGUUCAUCCCCAAAAAUCAACGAUCUCACCCUCCACAGAGAAUGGAAGAGCCAGAGAAUCCACUGAAAUCCCUCAAACCUCUUUCCCCCGGGAUGUAGCCAGGCAUCUUGGUGACAUCCCAGUGCGUGCGACCCAGCGGCCCGUGUCACUCCUUAAAGCUCACGGCGGUGGCCGUGAAUUCAAGGAGUCCAGAGAGAGCAUCCAUGCCUCCUCCAAGAGCCUUGACCGUAAGGACAGUCGGACCAGGAUCCAGUCCCCAACCAGCCCGACUCCUGGAUCUUUUCGGGCAUCGUGGGCUGUAAGCGAAGUGAAACCUUGCGAUGAAGACCCGAUGAAGAGAGGGGGUGUUGGGAUGAAGAGGCCCACUGAAGGGGACAUCAUAGCCAUGCGAACCCAAAGCCCUCGAGCUGAGAGGUUAAAGGCGGGAUCUACAUCUCUUCCGACCCCUGUCGCCUUGAUUACCAAGCCUCAACGCAAAGGAAAGAGUCGCACCUUGGACAACAGUGACCUGAACUGUCUGUCCGAGGACCUCCUGAAGUGCAAAGGUGGUCAAAUGGUAGCAGACUUUAGAACAGCUCAGUCCCAGGGGGCUUCAGCACGUGACCGCAAGAUGCUAAGAUUUAUUAGUGGCAUUUUUACCAAGAGCACUCCAGUUGCAACCAGUGCAACCAUUGUGACCCCGGUCUAUAGCACCAUUCAGAGGGAAUCCAGUGAGGAAGAAGCAUCAUGUGCCAAUAGCCAGGAAUGGACCCUAACUCGUGCUAUUCCAGAACUGCGAUUGGGGGUUCUGGGUAGCCUUCGCAGCGGAAAAUCUGCUCUGGUAAACAGAUUCAUCACAGGAAGUUAUCUUCCACUUGAGUCGCAUGAGGGCGGAAGGUAUAAAAAAGAGGUGUUGGUGGAGGGACAGAGUCAUUUAUUGCUGAUCCGAGAGGAAUCUGGACCACCAAGUGCACAGAUCUGCAACUGGCUUGAUGGCGUCAUCCUAGUUUUUAGUCUGGAAAAUGAAGCAAGUUUCCAGGAUGUGUACAAGAACUACAGUGAGCUAAGCGCACAUCGUAACAUUGCAGAAAUCCCCAUUAUAGCGGUUGGAACGCAAGAUAAGAUUAGUAGCACUAAUGCACGUGUGAUUGAGGACAAGAGAGUCCAGCAGCUGUGUAUAGAUGUGCGUCGCUGCACUUAUUUUGAGACCUGUGCCACAUAUGGACUUAAUGUGGACAGAGUAUUUAAUGAAAUGACUCACAAGAUUGUCGCUGCCAAGAAGCAAGCCGCCCUUCUGGCCUCCUGUAAAUCCCUCCCAAACUCUCCGAGUCACUCAGGGGCCUCGACUCCAGUGUCAGGGCCCGGACAGGCCAGUAAUGGGGGUCAGAGUAGUGAUUACCCCUCCUCUUUGCCUUCUACCCCUGUGGUAAGUCACAAAGACAUACGGGGUGGGGCAAGUGGAGAUGGGGGCUCGCAAAGAAAUCUGCCCCGACGACGGACAUCUUUAUUUGCGAACCGUCGCGGGAGUGACUCUGAAAAAAGAGCUUCUGAUAGCAGAAGUGACAUGAGCAGUCGAUCAGUUCCUAUUAAACAGGGGACUUUGUGGAAACGCAGUGAACGCUCUUUAAAUAAGGAGUGGAAGAAGAAGUAUGUGACGCUGUCAAACAACGGCAUGCUUAUGUAUCAUUCGAAUAUAAAUGAGUUUUUGCAGAAUGCUCAAGGUAAGGAGAUGGACUUAUUGCGAGUUACAGUGAAGGUGCCAGGAAAGCGUCUUCAUCGCGCAGCUACUCCCGGUGGACCGUCCCCUGGCCCUACUCUCGCCCCUGCGCCCGGUGUAAAUGGACUCAGUAAAGACAAGCAGUCAUCCGAAGGGGGAGCUACAUCAAAUCUUCUGACAGUAGAAGAGGCGUCAAGAAGUGGUUUGUCAUUUCAUAAUGAUCAGAAGGUGAAACGUUGCCCGUCAUCUGUGUCUAAUAAAGGCUUCAGUGUGGGGUUAGUUCACCCAAAAAUGACAGGACAGAGCUGGCAUUUCGAAGCCCAAAGUCAAGAGGACAGGGACGCCUGGGUUCAGGCCAUCGAAAGCCAGAUCCUUGCAAGUCUACAGAGCUGUGAGAGCAGAAAUAAGGCUCGUAGGAACAGCCAAAGUGAAGCUGUUGCCCUGCAGGCCAUUCGAAAUGCCAAAGGGAACGACCUCUGUGUGGACUGUGGAGCACCAAAUCCAACAUGGGCGAGUCUUAAUCUUGGUGCUCUAAUCUGCAUCGAGUGUUCGGGGAUACACCGGAACCUGGGGACGCACCUGUCCCGCGUGCGCUCACUAGACCUAGACGACUGGCCCAGUGAACUCACAAAAGUGCUUACGGCUAUAGGCAACCAUAUGGCCAACAGCAUUUGGGAGACCUGCACACAAGGGCGCCAAAAGUUGACACCUGAGGCAACAAGAGAGCAGAGGGAGUCGUGGAUCCGUGCCAAAUAUGAACAGCGGGCAUUUGUGUCGCCCUUGCCGGCUCAGUGUUCAGAGGACACAAUGUCGACAUGGUUGCUUAAAGCAGUAAUCGACAGAGACCUUCCCAGACUUCUGCUGCUCCUCGCGCACAGCACCAAGGAAGUGAUCAACGUCCCGCCAGAGGGAGCAGCGCAGCAGCAGCACAGCUCUUUACAUGCGGCCUGCCAGCUGGGCGACGUGGUCAUGACACAGCUGCUGGUCUGGUACGGCAGUGAUGUGAAGUCAAAGGAUCCGCAAGGUAGAACCGCUCUGACGUUGGCACGCCAAGCCGGCAGCAAAGAGUGUGCUGAGAUUCUUCUCCAACACGGCUGCCCCAAUGAGACGUCGCCCACCUCCCCGACACCUGUUCUGUCCCGUAAAAGUAGCAUCACCAGUCUUGGCCGUGUCAAUUCCAGGAGGAGGGUCUCGUAACCCAUGAACAUUCAUGAUCAUAUAAACAUUUUCUCCAGGACCAUUUUUAUUUCUUCAUACAGAGUUGUGUGUUCUGUGUG